AGCAGAAAAACCCAAAGCAGUGUGGGGACAACCACCAGGUGGUGGCUCAGAGGAGGACAUAGUCGCUGUGGGCAGGUGGUCAGGGCGCAGGAGGGAAUGAGCUAUGGAUUUUUAGUAAUCUACAAGAAUCAGGCAGUUCCAGGACACAGGGAAGUGAGUGUAAAGAGCCAAUGGACCCAGAGCCAAGAGCCUGGGCAGGCGUGGGCUGGACUCUGGACGCCCUGCAACCCUGCCAGGCUGGGAAGGGGAGGCUUGAUCCUGAGGGCGUGUUAGGAAAGAGAUGCCCAGGUUCCAGUGUACUGCGCAUUUUUUUUCCACAGUGCAGAAAUGACAUUUCUGGUUGGUCUAGAAUGUCUGCUCUGGCCAAGCCACCUCCUCUCAUGCUAGUUAACCAAGUGGCACGUGUGCCCACGCAGGCCGUUCUAAGGAACACUAUAAUUGUCUAGGCAAUUUUCUCUCAAAUACUCCGGCCUGGAAGCGUCCGGUCAGCAGAAGAGGGAAGGCAGGAGGGUGGCAGCAUUCUGGCUGAGUCCUCUUGUACAUGGGAGCUGGAGUCCAGCCAGGCUCCAGAGCGGCUCCGGCUGGCAAGGGACCUGAACAGGAAGAUGGGACUCGAGGUUUUCUGCAUGGCUCCAGCCGGCACCUGAGGAGCGGCGUGAGCUCGAGGGCCCAGGGCGCUGCCCGGCUGGCCUAGGCAGGCAGCCGCACCAUGGCCAGCACGGCCGUGCAGCUCCUGGGCUUCCUGCUCAGCUUCUUGGGCAUGGUGGGCACGCUGAUCACCACCAUCCUGCCUCACUGGCGAAGGACGGCGCAUGUGGGCACCAAUAUCCUCACGGCCGUGUCCUACCUGAAAGGGCUCUGGAUGGAGUGCGUGUGGCACAGCACAGGCAUCUACCAGUGCCAGAUCUACCGGUCCCUGCUGGCGCUGCCCCAAGACCUCCAGGCUGCCCGUGCCCUCAUGGUCAUCUCCUGCCUGCUCUCGGGCAUAGCCUGUGCCUGCGCGGUCAUCGGGAUGAAGUGCACGCGCUGCGCCAAGGGCACACCCGCCAAGACCACCUUCGCCAUCCUCGGCGGCUCCCUCUUCAUCCUGGCUGGCCUCCUGUGCAUGGUGGCUGUCUCCUGGACCACCAACGACGUGGUGCAGAAUUUCUACAACCCGCUGCUGCCCAGUGGCAUGAAGUUCGAGAUUGGCCAGGCCCUGUACCUGGGCUUCAUCUCCUCGUCCCUCUCGCUCAUUGGUGGCACCCUGCUUUGCCUGUCCUGCCAGGACGAGGCACCCUACAGGCCCUACCAGGCCCCGCCCAGGGCCACCACAGCCACCGCCACCACCGCACCUGCCUACCAGCCACCAGCGGCCUACAAAGACAACCGGGCCCCCUCAGUGACCUCGGCCACGCACAGCGGGUACCGGCUGAACGACUAUGUGUGAGUCCCCACGGCCUGCUUCUCCCCCGGGCCACUGUGGGCUGGGUCCCUGGCAGGACUGUCAAUGGAGGCAGGGGUUCCAGCACAAAGUUUACUUCUGGGCGAUUUUUGUAUCCAAGGAAAUAAUGUGAACGCAAGGAAAUGUCUUUAGAGCACAGAGACAGGGGGCAAUAAGAGGAGGAGAAAGCUCUCUAUACCAAAGACUGAAAAAACAUCCUCUGUUUUUGUAUUUAUUAUAUGUAUUUAUGUGGGUGAUUUGAUAAUAAGUUUAAUAUAAAGUGGCUUGGGAGUUUGGUCAGUGGGGUUGGUUUGUGAUUCAGGAAUAAACCUUGUGGCUGUGGCUGUUGAU